AUGUCUAAUGGAUCAAUGGUCACCGUUGGAAAUGGACAAACUUUGUCCGAUUUAUUUCAUAAAUUUAUUCGAAUGACUGUUAAAACAGAUGAUCGAGAUGGACGAUUUAAAAAACAUCAUUCCAUUUCAAAAACUCAUCAAAAAACAGUUUAUAAUACACCUAAUUCACAACGAAGUCGACGUUUAGUUGUUCAAGCAACUUCUCGAGUACCACCAAAUCCACAAAAACGUACUUCCACUAUUGCUUAUUAUAAUAUGUCACCGUUUACAACUGAAAAUAAUAGUUAUAUUCAUACUGAUGAUGAAGAACAAGAUAGUUAUUAUUCAUACCAUUCGACAAAUGCAACUAAUGCUGGUUAUGGAUCACAUCAUCAAAAUACAAGUGGAAUAGAUCUUCGUGAUAUGGAUGCUUCAUUUGGUGAUAUUGGAUUAAGUAUUACAUCAAAACCAUUAGCAAAAGUCCAAAAAUUGUCCGUUCAAACAGUUCUUAAUGGAUCAUUUCCACGAGUGAGUGAUAAACAACAAACAACAUCACUUGUAACAGGUAUUACACGAAGUGGAAAAUCAUUUAAUAUAUUAAAUCAAACAUCAAAUCAUGAUUCUUCAUUACCAUUUUUAAAUAAUUCAGUUGGAUCACCAGGAGCAUCAGCCCGACUACAUCAUACAACUGUUCAUCAUCAUUCUCAUCAUCAUCAUCAUGGAGCUGCAGCAGCAACAGCAAGAAGUUUACGAAGAGAAAGAACUCGAGAAGGAAGUCUUAAAUCAUCAUCAAAAGAUACAGAUCUAACAAGUAGUCAUCAUGGAUUUCAACAACAACAACAACAACAACAACAACAUCAUCAUUCUCAUAAUACAAGUGGUUCAUCUAUUGUUUCAAAUUCACAUCAAUUUUCUCGUUCAAAAAGUUUUUUUACAAAUACAUCAUCUGAUAGUAUUAAUAAACCUCCUACUUUUCCAAUGAAGCCAUCUGAAGCUUUAACAUAUUAUGGUGAUAAAUUAACUGAAUUUGAAAAAACUGAAAUAUUUGAUUAUAAUGAAAUAUAUUUUCUUGGUUUGGAAGCUGAAAAAAUAUCUGCAACAAAUAUUAAAGAUUAUGAUGAUGAAAAUGGUUCUUAUAUGAAAAUGAGUAAAGAUCAUAUUUGUUAUCGUUUUGAAAUCUUAGAAACAUUGGGUAAAGGUUCAUUUGGUCUUGUACUUCGUUGUUAUGAUCAUAAAAAAAAAGAAGCUGUUGCAUUAAAAAUAAUUCGAAAUAAAAAACGUUUUCAACAACAAGGUCUUGUUGAAGUUAAUAUAUUAACACAUUUAAAAACAUUAGAUUCGGAUAAUUCAUUAAAUGUUGUUCAUAUAAAAGAACAUUUUUAUUUUCGAUCUCAUCUUUGUAUUACAUUUGAAUUACUUGGAAUUAAUUUAUAUGAAUUAAUUAAAAAAAAUAAUUAUCAAGGUUUUAGUGUACAUUUAGUCAGACGUUUUGCUAAUUCACUUUUACAAUGUCUUCGUGUUAUGUAUAGAGAAAAAAUAAUUCAUUGUGAUCUUAAACCAGAAAAUAUAUUAUUAAGACAAAAAGGAAGCAGUAGUAUUAAAGUUAUUGAUUUUGGAUCUGGUUGUUUUGAAUCACAACGAAUUUAUACUUAUAUUCAAUCGCGUUUUUAUCGAGCACCAGAGAUUAUCUUAGGUAUACCUUAUACACCAGCGAUUGAUAUGUGGAGUUUUGGUUGCAUUCUUGUCGAACUAUUUACUGGUUAUCCAAUAUUUCCUGGUGAAAAUGAACAAGAACAAUUGUCAAUGAUAAUGGAAGUAAUUGAUUUACCACCAAACCAUGUUCUUGAACAAGGAACUCGCAGAAAAUUAUUCUUUGAUUCCAAAGGAAUUCCUCGAACAGUCGCAACAAAAUCGUUAAAAAAACGUCGUCCAGCUAGUCGUCCAUUAGGACAAAUUCUUCGAACAACUGAUAAUAAUUUUAUUGAUUUUAUUCGUCGAUGUUUUGAAUGGGAUCCUGUUGAACGUUUAACACCAGAAGAAGGUUUACGUCAUCCAUGGAUUGUUGAAACAAAAUUAAAACGAUCAUCACAUGAAUCACGAACACGAUAUAAAACAAAAAAAGAUGAUCAUAAUAAUACUACGAAUCAUAAUACAUCAAUAAUUAAUGGAGAUUCAUAUUUUAGUUUAAAUGAAACAACUGGCCAUGAAGAUACUGUUGCAAUUGAAGAAGAUAAACAAAUAAGAAAUGGUGGUUCAUCAACAAUACCCGGACCCGGACCCGGACCCGGUCAAAAUAAAAUUUUUGGACCCGGACCCGGACCCGGCCAAAGUAAAAUUUUUGGACCCGGACCCGGACCCGGACCCGUGCGGGUCCAGGUUCAAUUUUUAUUUCUAUUUAAAAAAAAGAUUAAAUCAUAUGUUUUAUAUUUAGGUCAAUUCUAUUUACCUAAUGAAUGUUUUAUGACAUUUAAUAAUGCAUCAAUAAUAUUUGAUCCUUCAAAUCCAAAUGGAACUAUAUAUAUAUGUCCAUCAUCAUGUUAUACAAAUCGAUAUCUAUAUAAUCAACAAGAAUAUCCAUUAUUUGGUAAUGAAACAUAUUCAGGAAAUUCGUUAAUAUGUAAAGCAGCUUUACAUGAUGGUCGUAUUGCUCUAUGGAAUAGAGAAAAUUUAACAGUAUUAAUAAGAAAUAAUUCAUUUAAAUCAUCAACAUUUAUAAGUACUCUUAGAAAUGGAAUUCUUUCAUCGAAAUCAGUUGGUUAUUUAGAUUUUGUUUAUCAAUUUAUUAAUUCUCGAAUAAAUGAAAGUUCUAUACCUGAUGUAGCUAUUGAACAUCGAAGAUAUCUUUAUUCUCAAAAUGAAUCAUCUAGUAUAACAUGUAGAAGUAAAUCUGAUAUUUAUUCAAUUCAACCGAUUAAUAUUGAUCAAGGAUGGAAACAUUGGACAGAAAAUCGUUUAAAAUAUUUUACAUUUCCUCGAAAUUUAACUCGAAUUCAAUCAUUAGAUUUUUGUUUGAAUAAUAAUGGAACAUUAAUGUAUUGGGCGAAUUCAACUGAACAAGAAAUACUUCAAAAAAUUCUUUUGACAACAAUUCAUCAAUUAUUUCAUUUUCAAAGAAGUUCAUCUAAUAAUAAUACAUUAACUUUUUUUAUUGGUUUAAAACAAAUUAAUCGAAAUAAACAAUGGGAAUCAAAUGUUAUAUCAUAUAAUGAAUCAUUGGAAAUAAAUUCUAAUUCAAUAAUAAAUGAUGAAGAUUAUUGUACAAUAAUUCAAUCAAAUGGUUCUAAUACUCAAUCAAUAAGAAUAUAUGAUCAUAAAUGUGAUGAUAUAACUAUUCAUGGAUAUCCACUUUGUCGUCUUUUACCAUCUGUUAUAAAUGAUGAAAAUGAUUUUAUUUAUCGUAUUGAAACAGAUAAUGAGCCAAAAAAUUUAAUUGGUGUUAUUGAUUAUUGUUCGGAAUUAGGUGGAUAUCCAAUUUAUGCAAAUAAUGCUUAUGAAUGGCAAUUAAUUCAAGAAAUAAUGUUACAAGAUUCAAGUUUUAAUAGUGAUUAUGUUUAUACGGGUUUAGUAUCUGAAACAAAACAAGUUGAAAAUUCAUAUUGGUCACCAAGAAAUAUUUCUUAUAAUAGUUCAUUAGAUUAUAUAUGGUUUGGUGUCAAUCGAGGUAAAGAUCGAACAGGAUAUCAUUUAUCAAAAGCGAAUGAUGAAUCCUAUUAUGGUUUAUAUGAUAUAAAUCCAUAUUCAAAUUUAAAUACUCUUCGAUUUUGUCGUAAAGAUGAUAUUCGAUCAUUAAUAAAACAAUCUUCAUCAUGUUAUUAUAAAUCUUGUUUAUCAAAAUGUUUAAAUAUUACUUUGCCAAAUCAAAGUGAUGAUAUAAGAUUUGGUUUUUAUGCUUGUAUGCCAAAAGAUAGUUUUAUUGGAAUUGUUUAUACACAAUCAUUUCCUGAAUAUGGCGAUUUUAUUCGUCCUAAUCUUCCAAUGGAUUAUAGUGUUGCACUCCGAAGAAAAUAUAAUGAAUCAUUAAUAUUAAGUUUUGAACAGACAGAUAAAAAUGUUCGUUAUUCAUGUUAUGAAUAUAUAAAUUUUGAUAAAAUUUCAACAUUAAAUGAUACAAUAAAAUUAUCAUGUGAUUCAUCAAAUACAAAUAAUAAAACAAUGAAUGGAAUUAGUUUUAAAAAAGAUUUUAAUGGUCUUAUAUCAUUUUCUUUAGAAGAUAAACGAAUAUCUGGACAUCAUACUAGAUUUAUUGAUUAUCAACUUUAUGAUAGUCGAUGUAAUAAUCAAGGAAUAUAUCAUCCAUAUAUAAAUCAAUGUAUUUGUGCACCAGGAUUUUAUGGAGAUCAAUGUCAAUAUAGUUGUCCACCAGGUUAUUACGGACAAACUUGUGAUUAUUAUUGUCAAGGUGAUGAUGAUUAUUGUAAAGGUUUAUUAAUAUGUUUACCUGAUCCAUAUGGAUGUUCUUGUUAUACUGGUUGGUAUGGAACGAAUUGUAACAUAAGUUGUCCAUAUAAUCUAUAUGGACCUGACUGUUCUUAUCAAUGUUCAUGUUCAAAUUGUAAUAGAUUUACAGGUGUUUGUGAUUGUAAUGGAACAGAAUGUUAUAAGGUCAUGUAUAGUUAG